GAGCUGAGUUAUUAGAAUUAAACCAACAUAUCGACACUCCCCGAAAAAACCCUAGCCGCUGCCCUCUUCGGCCGGAAGCCUUAGCUCGCGUGCUCAUCAAGCUCCGACGUUUUCGCGAACUUGCCAGCCUCUUCGGCGAAUGCUCUCCCGGUCCUCUCUCCACCAGCCGACCGAGAACCUCCCUCUCCCUCUAUCCGUGAUCACCUUCCCCUCUAAAACGCAAACUGUGCGCAACCUGCCCUCCGAAGCCGCGGACCACUUUCCUGCUCUGUCGAUCGCCUCCGGAUCUGUCGAUUUCCGCCCAGAUCUGCCAAUCGUCGGCUAGAUUUGCCUAUCUCCACCUAAAUCCGGCAGCUUUGUUUUAAAAGGUGAGAUGUCAUCACCAAUGCAAUCAUCAUAUCUUCCAGCCAACAGUGAUUCUUUGGCACAGGCCUUGGAGGCUGUAAACCCCAAUGAAUCCAUUUCUCUUCUAUACCAAAUUCUGGAGGACCCUUCAUCUUCCUCAGAAGCACUGCGCAUCAAAGAACAGACAAUUUCAAAACUUUCAGACCUACUCACACAGGAAAAGAAAGCAGAGGAGCUUAGAAGCCUCCUUACUCAACUAAGACCCUUUUUCUCUCUGAUUCCCAAGGCGAAAACUGCAAAGAUUGUGAGGGGGAUCAUUGAUGCGGUCGCCAAAAUACCUGGGACUCGUGAUUUGCAGAUCUCUCUCUGCAAGGAAAUGGUGGAAUGGACGCGUUCCGAGAAGCGAACUUUCCUCCGGCAACGCGUGGAAGCCCGGCUCGCCGCUCUCCUGAUGGAAAAUAAGGAGUAUUCCGAGGCCCCAAGUCUUCUCUCUGGGUUGAUAAAGGAGGUCAGAAGAUUGGAUGACAAACUUUUACUUGUGGACAUUGAUCUUCUGGAAAGCAAGCUUCAUUUCACUCUGAAAAAUCUUCCAAAGGCAAAAGCCUCGUUAACUGCAGCAAGAACCGCCGCGAAUGCCAUUUAUGUUCCUUUGGCGCAGCAGGGCACUAUCGAUUUGCAGAGCGGAAUCCUUCAUGCGGAGGAGAAAGACUACAAGACUGCCUACAGCUAUUUCUUCGAGGCCUUCGAAGCCUUCAAUGCGCUCGAGGAUCCUAGAGCUAUGUUCAGCCUGAAGUACAUGCUUCUUUGCAAGAUCAUGGUCAACCAAGCCGAUGAUGUUGCCGGUAUAAUUUCUUCGAAGGCUGGUCUUAACUAUCUCGGUCCGGAUCUGGAUGCCAUGAAAGCUGUUGCAGAUGCUCACUCGAAGCGUUCUCUAAAGUUCUUCGAAACGGCUCUCAGAGACUACAAGUUGCAGUUGGAAGAAGACCCAAUUGUUCACAGGCACCUUUCGUCUCUCUACGAUACUCUAAUGGAGCAGAAUCUGUGCAGGCUGAUUGAGCCUUAUUCGAGGGUGGAGAUUGCUCACAUUGCAGAGUUGAUCGAGCUUCCCAUUGAUCAUGUGGAGAAGAAGCUCUCCCAGAUGAUUCUUGACAAGAAGUUCGCCGGAACCCUGGAUCAGGGUGCUGGCUGCCUCAUCAUAUUUGAUGAUCCUAAGACUGAUGCAAUCUAUCCUGCGACGCUUGAGACCAUUAGUAAUAUCGGCAAGGUUGUGGAUAGCCUUUAUGCCAGGUCUGCACGUAUAAUGUCCUGAAGAGAAUCAAAAUGCCGAGACAGACUGAUAAUGGUUAUUUCAUUUUGCUCUCUUAUGUUUAUGAGUUAUUUCUGGCCAAAUCUGGCACUUUUAACUCCUGUUUAUCUUCUCAGUUUAGUUUGAGAAGAAAAAGUGUUUGCUUGAAGUUAUAUUGGGAACUUUGUUUGAGUAAUUGGAAAUGAUGCUUAAAAAUGCUUUCUUUUUA